AUGCCGGCACAAAAGGUUCGUUGUGGCACACGUGCAAUAGGAUACGCCGAUGACUCGGACUUUGAAUUAUCAGAUGCACUGGAUGACUUUGUCCCGACGAAGAGACCUACUCACAAGCCGCCCAGGAAGACCUCAGGUGGCACAGGCGAACUCGAUCUGUUGGAUUACUUUGAUUCCCCGCCGGAGAGAACCACCAGGCCCGCAAAGGCCACCACUGGCCCUUAUCCAAGGAAACCAGAUGAUGGCCGCUGGAACAUCCCUCACACCACCACCACCAAGCAGCCUAAAACUACCAAGCCGCCCCCCAAAAAGGCUCCAGGGAAAGACCCCAUGGAUCUCGACUUAAGUGAUGCUUUGGAUGACCAAAAUGACAGACACCCUGGGGGAGGACCACCUAAAGGAAAUCCUGGUGGAGGCUCAAAAGGUGGAGAUGGAAGAGGUGGAAACUCAGGGAUUUCAGACGAUGACCUGAUUGGAAUCGUGGACGAAGGAGGGUAUCAACCUGAUAAGAAAAAAGGAGACAGUGACAAUGAUUACAAUAAUGGUGCCCUGGUGGAAACCGGGACAAUUGCUGGCAUUGUCAGUGGCCUCGCCAUGGCCUUGAUCGGGGCUGUCAGCAGCUACAUUUCCUACCAGCAAAAGAAAUUCUGCUUUAGCAUACAACAGGGCCUGAAUGCCGAGUAUGUGAAAGGAGAAAACAUGGAAGCAGUGGUGACCGAAGAGCCACAAGUGAAAUACUCUGUCCUAGAACCACAGACAGCAGAAGCUCCGCCGCCUCAAGAAAACGCAAAAGUCUGAAAUCUCAGCCCUCCGGCUUAAAAAAGAAAAAGAAAGAGAACCAAUUGUUGACAAAUAAAACAAACAACAAAACACA